AUUCCUUCCUACUGAUGUGGAGAAACAGUGAAUCCACUUUGAGUUUCCACCAGGUAACAGAGCUCCUCGCCUUAUUUCUAAGGCUGAGUGUGGCCACCCUACUGAGGAAGCUAAUUUUUGUGUCAGGGAUCUUGUUCUUUUUGUCAUAAUCCAUACCUCAUGACUACAGGUGAGGGUCAGAAGGUAGACGGACCGGUAAAUCCAGAGCUUUACUUUUUAGCUCAGCUCUUUCUUCACAACAGACCAGAGCAUUACUGCAAACAAAGUCCUAAACCAUCUGUGCAUCUCUCAUUCCAUCCUGCCAUUACUGGUGAACAAGACGCCAAGAUACUGAACCUCCUCCGCUUGAGGAAAAGACCGACACCAACCAAAUGUUUGGAAUCAGUUAAAAAGCCAGCUUUGUGCAGGAAACCAACCAUUUUAUUUGAACUCUACUAUUUCUACACCCUCUGUGGUAAAAAAAAUUCAGAGGAAAUCCACUAUUCAAACUUUUAUUUUUUAAAAUGAAUAAAAUUGAUUGUUUUAAGGUCAGUUCACGCUGAAAAAGAACAAUUUAAAUAAAUAAUUUAGUGACCAAAUUAUUAUAAAAUUCAAGCCCAUGAUGACUGCAUAAAAACUUCUGCCGGGGCUGUAUGUGUUGUAAUACUGUGUAUAUAAAACUACUGUGCCAAACAUCUAUUUUAGUGUGUUUCACCUUAUUUCAGCAUCUGAUCUGCCCCUCUGAUGAGUUCCUGUAUUAUAUUUCGCAAUACCUCUUUAGUCACUGCAGGCAAACUGCCAUUUGCCUUUAACUCGAGAUGCUUCCCGGUAGUGUUUGCAGUCAGCGGCCAGAGUCCCACUUUGUUUUUUUAGCAAAGAGGAUGAGAAAUGUCGGGCUGUUUUGCGCUCACCUGCUUGGCUUGUGUCUUGUACUUUCUGACCCUCAGACUGAGGGCUGUGGUGACUCUGGUUUAGCACCAAAACCAGACCUCAGUGCUUUUAGGGAGAACCAAAGCCUCGUGGUGAGUUGGCCGAGGAACCAUGGCGCCUCAGAGAGGGACGUUUAUGAGAUCCAGAUCAGCCGCACAAAAAAGCGUACCAUUGUUUAUGAUACAAAUGUGAGCAUACCUGCAGGGGACUCAACUCGGUACACUUGGACGUGGCGUUCUGAUUUGCCUCUGGAGUGUGUCGAUCACUCAGUCAGGAUGCGAAGUAUUUGUGAUCAGACUGCCCCGAGUCCUUGGAGCAACUGGAUAACUAACUACGGAACCAAAGCAACAUAUAAGCCCAAGAUAUUUCCUGUCGAACGAAUGCUGAAGGAGGGAAGCAGUGAAAUGUUCUGCUGCAUUUCCCCAGAGGGGGUGAACAUCACAAGCAUCACCUUCAGGAACAUCCCGUACCCUCUUUUCAACAUUGGAGAUGGGGUGAAGGCUAUUUUGGUGUCCAAUCUGGAAAUCCCAGCUAGUUUUAUCAAAAUACUGUCGCUCACCUGCACUGAUUCAACGGGAAAGAUGAGCUCUGUAGGAAACUUCGUCAGCUUUCCUCCUCAGAAGCCCAGAAACUUGAGCUGUGCCACAUCGGAUAUGACAAAAAUCACCUGCAGCUGGGACCCAGGCAGGAAACGAGACGAGAAUGAACGCAACAAGCCGACGCAGAAGCUCUACAUUGAGAACACAGACCAUGCUCCCAUCGAUUGUGAGCCAGCAUCUUGUACUUUCCCAGCUGUUCCACUCCAGCAGGAAUACACCAUCCGAGUGGAGGUGAAGCACCCGCUGGGAGAGGAGAGGGCAACCUACAGCUUCAACAUCUCUGACAGAGUGUCACCUGUGUUGGAGAAUGUCAGAAGGAUCCCUGGAGUGACAGACGUCAGCCUGUCCUGGACUGUGCUGGGGAACCUGACUCGCCACAAGCUCCUUUGUCAGGUUUCUGCAGCUGCGGAAACCAUCAGAGAGCUGACUUUCAGGAGCGAGAAUGGUCUCUUCAAAGUCCGCCUGGAAGGCCUGCAUCCGAACACGAAUUACUCCGCCAAGGUGCGCUGUUCUGUCAAUGGGAGAUUCUGGGGAAAAUGGACUCAAUCAAAACCAUUCACAACGUACCCACUGGUUACCGUGGACCUGUGGAGGAGAAUACAGACCAGACGUGAUCCAGACGUUCGUCAUGUUACUCUACUAUGGAAAACUCAUGUCGUCGGUAGAGCAACCACAGUGGAGAUCAAAGGUUACACUGUUCAAUGGUCCCAGGGAGGUCAAACCGUAACAGAGCAGAAGAAUAGCAGACAGAACCAGACGGACAUCUCGAUUGGUCCCAAAAAGUGCAACUUUACUGUUCAAGCUGUUCUCAACAAGGGGUCCUCCAUUCCCGCCCACAUCACCAUCCCGCCGGAGGAUGACCCGGCAAUGCCGGUGUUAAAGAAGCGCGUGAGCGGAACCUCAGCUGGUGGUUUCCGUUUGUGGUGGGACGAGCAGGCCUCGGUCUCCUGUGGUUACACCAUAGAGUGGUGCAUCCUGGGAAGCCCAGAGUCCUGCACUCUGCAGUGGAUCAAAGUGCCAGAAGGAAACAACACUUUGUUCCUUCCUGCAGGACAUUUCAAACCAGGUAUCAGGUAUUCAUUCUAUAUUUAUGGAUGCACAAAACAAGGGGACAAGCUACUGGAGAUACAGACUGGAUACACACAGGAGCUCAGAUCUGUGCAGUACCCAAGUAUAAUUGAACCCGUUGAAAAUACACAUGCAUCUGUGACGCUGGAGUGGCACUACGAUGAAGACGAUCCAGCCCAGCCGGCAUUCAUCACUGGUUACCUGGUAACAGUGCAGGAAGCGGCAUCCGAUAAACUUGCAUUCAACGUGUCUGUCGGCGACCCUCGGCAGAAGUCUGUAACCGUUAAGGGCCUGCAGCAGGACCAGGAAUACGUCUGCUCUGUGAGCGCGCUCACCAGAGUCGGGCCUGGAUUAUCUGCCAGCAUCACCAUCAGAACCAAACCCAACUAUUUUUCCCUCCUGGCAAAGAUCUUGACUCCCAUCCUGCUACUGCUCAGCUGCGCCGUUCUGAUGUGGCCACAAAGAAAAAUGCUGAAGAAUGGGCUGAGAGAGAUAUUUGUUUAUCCCGCUGGUAUGAACAUCAAACCUCCUGAGUUUGAGAACUUCUUGUAUGAGACGGACCAGAAGUUACAGUCUCAGAAAGUGGAAGAGUGCAUCAGCUGUGACAUUGAAGUCCUGAACAUCAAACCUUUGUGGCAUGAAAGUUCAACCCUGAUGGAUCCUGAGUGCGCCGACCCAAUGUGCUCAACAGGGUCUCUGCCAUCUCUUCCUCCUUCCAGUGUCCCAAUCCAAACCGGCUACUGCCCUCAGUCCGCUGUCCUGCUCUUUGAAAGAGCCACCAAUCAGGAAAUGGUGGCUAUUUCAAACAAGAGCUACUUGAGCCCCAUCACUUAGCCACAGAAAGUUGAGUUCAGUCAAAUCAGAUCUGGCUUUGAGACUUCUCACAGCCUUCAGGGAUCAUGUGCAGCAGUAUACGGGUAUAUCUCUCAUAGUUAAUUGAAUCCAAACCCAAAAGGAUUAUGCAGUGCUAUAAAUGAGUAUAAAUGCUAUAAAAAAAAGGAACAGGAUGCCACAUUUUAAAACAGUGAGAUUAUGUUUCUUUACAUUUCGAUUUUUACCACACUCCAGAUGUAUCAUUGUCACAUAGUUGGUGUCACAAUCGAAGCCUUUAGAUUGCAUCAAAGCCCGUUGGGGAAAGAAUGCGCAACCGCAUGAAAGGAACUCACUUUAAAGGUCAAGAUAAACACGCAGUUGGAAACUUCUACUUUUAUCUACAGGAUGUGAAGGGAGAGCAGUGAGAGCGGUGAUGCAGUGCGACAGAUGCGAGGUGGAGAUUAGCUGAAACAGGCCCAAGAAAUUGUGUGAACUGUGAGGCAACUGAAAAACAAUGUUAUGUUGAAAGUCUGUCUGAAUCAUUGAAAAACUACGUAUCUGGCUCUCAGACCACAUAUGGCAACAGAAAUUACAUUUUUAAUUUCAGUCUCAGGUAGUCCAGUACAAAAUGAUAUGGGGGAGGAAAAAAAAAAAAAAACGUCUUGCAUUGCAGUGUACACCCUUUUCCUCGCUCUUAUACGCCUACAGGAUAUAAAUCCCAGUGCAGGCAGCUGCCUUGAGAACUCACCUUAGCGGUAAAUACGGUAUAAAUGCAGCUGUUCUUCGUAUGCUCCACAGCUUCAGAGGUUUGUUAGAAAAUAUUGCUGUCCAAACGGCAUCAUGAAGGUGGAGAUCCUGAUACAAUGCAUACAACAGGUCAGGGAUAAAGUGGUGAAGAAGUUUAACACGACAUCCUAAGCUUUGGUCUUCUCUCAGAGCUCUGUUCAACAGUAAACCUAGCAAGAUCGGGCAGUUGGGGUGGGUGUAUCAAUCAAAGAAGAAGAAAAAAGGCUGCCUUUUGGUAAAUGUGGGGGAGCUGCAGAGAUCCACAGCUCAGGUGGGAUAAUCUGUAGACCUGAGGUUAAACUCCUUAUACAGUUUGCCACAUCAAAGAAAGUGCUCUGCUCAGAUAAAAACCUUUUUGGACCAUGCUGAUUAGAGGAAAAUUGACAUUUCCUUUGGAUGAAAACAAAGACUGCAGAUCACCCUGACCACGACACCCCCAUUCCAAAACACGACGGUGUCAGCGUCAUGCUGCGGGGACCUUUUCUUCUGCAGAGGCUGGAAAGCUGGUCAGAAUUGAAGCAAAGAUGGACGGAGGUUAAAAACAGGAAAGACCUGGACCAAACCCUGCUGGGUGCUGCAGAGACGUGAGCAGGAGGACAGUGACACGCGGCUAAAACUAAAACAGAACGGUUUUGGGGUGUGUUUGCGUUAGAAUGGACCAGUCAAAGUCCAGACCUAAAUGUUCACAGGCGCUUCCUGUCCCCAAUUGACCUGUUUUACAAAAAAGAAUAGGGAAACAUUUUAUUCUUUAGAUGCGCAAAGCUGGGAAAGACGACUUGCAGCAAUAAAUUGCAACGUGGUUCUAUAAAUAAGAGACUUUGUGUUUACCAAUGUAAUAUUUGACUAUUUGUGGGCAGAGGAUGCUUCUGCAAGUAAUCUUAGGGGUUUCGUAAUGCUGAAAUAAGAUAAACGUUUUCCUUUGUGAGAUUAGGUCAAGAUGUAAAAAAGCGUUGGGAAAAAUUUCGAGAGACAAAGGUCACAAUUUCUGGCUAAACUCUGUUCCCUGUUUUUAAUUCCUCUGUCCGUGACUAAGGGGAAAACCUCCAUUUCACUAGAAACAAUUGUAAGUUAAUGUGAAGCGAUAAAGCUGUUGUUCGCUAACUUCUGCGCCGUGUAGCAGCAAGCAACGUGAUUCCUGUCCUCCAAUAUAGCCGACGAGCUGCUGCUCUUGUUUUGUACAUGAAGCAAAUUUGCCAGGAAUGCUGCCUUCACAAAGUCAGAUUUUUCAAAAGAAUUGAAUCAUUUG